AUGCUCAUGCGCUCAUCAACCCUACUACCUUUCCCCACUCUCCCCUUUUUUCCUUGCCGCCUCUUUUCUGCAUUGACGGCCAUGGCUGGGGUGUGGUGUGGUGGGUGCACGGCACGGGCACGGGGUGGGCGGCAGGGCAUAGUGCUGGACGGGUCAGGCGGGCUGGACGAGGCCACUCGCUCGCGACUGGACCAGGUCAGGCGAGAUGCGAGGGAGACAGGUGAGCUCGCUGCAGUGUCUCCAUGUUGCUCUCACCCUCUCCACCUCUCCGUGUUGCUCUCACCCUCUCCACCUCUCCGUGUUGCUCUCACCCUCUCCACCUCUCCGUGUUGCUCUCACCCUCUCCACCUCUCCGUGUUGCUCUCACCCUCUCCACCUCUCCGUGUUGCUCUCACCCUCUCCACCUCUCCGUGUUGCUCUCACCCUCUCCACCUCUCCGUGUUGCUCUCACCCUCUCCACCUCUCCGUGUUGCUCUCACCCUCUCCACCUCUCCGUGUUGCUCUCACCCUCUCCACCUCUCCGUGUUGCUCUCACCCUCUCCACCUCUCCGUGUUGCUCUCACCCUCUCCACCUCUCAGGGAGCUUCCGCCUGCAUCAUCAUUCCGCCGCCCAGCUCCCUCCCUCCCUCUCUCCUCCUCUUAUCCCUACUCCCCUCCCUCCUUUUCCUAUACCCGCUCUUUCCCAUCCCGAAUUCCCUUUCCCCUGGGCCCCACCCUGUUCUGUACGCAAGAGUCUGCAUGAAACAAAAUACUUGUUGUAUCGUCUCUCUUCUUCUCACCCCUCGCCCCCUCGCGCCCUCUCUCCCUGACUUACCCCCAACUCUUCAAACUGCCCACGUUCUUGCUCCCACUACUUUCCCCCACAACCCCCUCCCCCCUCUCCAGGUGCGCAGCAGGCUGCAGGGCGCAGCAAGCGCGCUCCCCCCCGCCCCGCACGCGCUGGGGAGCACCACGUUUGGGGGAGGGGCGGAUGGGACAAGCUUUGCCACGCCAAAGGUGGCGAGCGACUUCCUGACGGCGGAGGAGAUGGAGCAGCGGCGCGCGGCAGCAGCAGCACAGUUCCGAAAGCCCAAGCGCAAGAAGGAGAGCAGAAGAAGACGAGGGGGGGAGGAGGGGGGUGAUGAGGGGGAGGGUGGGGGAGGGGAGGGGGGAGGGGGUGUGAUGAAGAAGAAGAGGAAGAAGGAGAAAUUGGAUUUGGAUAAGCUAGAGGCGCAGGCUCGGGCGGCUGGUUUGGGGAGAGGUUCGGAUCUGGGGCGGAGGGAUGGGGAGGGAGGGACGGGGGUGACGGCGAGGCGGAGGGAGGAGCAGGAGAGGGAGGAGAGGGGCGGGCGGGCGGCUUAUGAGAGCGCCAAGGCCAAGGCGGUGCAGGCGUCGAUGGUGCUUAAAGGGGAGAGAGAGGGUGCAGGGGAGGAGGAGGGAAGAGGGGGAGGAGGAGGAGGAGGAGAAGGGCGAAGGCGAGGAGGCAGGCAGGGAGGGGGAGAGGAGGAGGAGGAAGAGGAGGAGGAGGAGGAGGAGGAGGCGGUGGUGAUCGGAGAUGACGAUGAGGACCUCCAGCGCUCGCUGCAGCGCACCCGCCAGCUCGCCCUCAGGCGCCGGCAAGAGGAGGAGGCUGCUGCGGCUGCUGCUGCUGCUGCUGCUGGCGGGGGUGGUGGGGGUGGAGUGGGGGAGGUGAAGGAGGAGGCGGGCAUGGACACGGAGAGCGGUGCUGGUGGGGCAGAGAAGGUGGGGCCGGCAGUGAGGGGUGAGGCGCUGGUGCUGGCGCGCGUGAAGCAGGUGGGGCGCGUGAGGAGGCGGGGGGGCGACGGGGAAGGGGAGGGUGCGGAGGGCGGGGAGGGGGAGGGUGGGGAGGGCGUGGGGCGCGGGCUUGUGUUCAGCGACACGGGGGAGUUCUGCCGCAGCUUGCAGCUCGAUGAUGCGCUGGUGAAGCGAGUGAAUGCCAGGGAAGCCGCAGCCGCCGCCAAGGAGGAACUGGCCGCUGCUGCUGCCGCCCUCCCCCUCCCCCCUUCCUCCUCUGGUGCUGCCGCGGGGAGUGCAGACGGGGGCGGGUGGAUGGAGGGGCUGGCGGCGGCACUGGCGCUGCUGAAGGACCGCGGGGCGCUGAAGGGCGAGGUGGAGUGGGGCGGGCGCACCAUGGACAAGAAGCGCAGCAAGCUGGUGGGCGUGCUGGAUGAGAAAGGGCACGACCGCCCCCAUGCCUUCAAGGAAGUGCGCAUCGACCGCAUCGAUGAGUUCGGCCGCGUGAUGACCCCCAAGGAGGCGUUCCGCAAGCUGUCGCACGCGUUCCACGGGAAGGGGCCGGGCAAGAUGAAGCAGGAGAAGCGCAUGCGUGCGUACGAGGAAGAGCUCAAGCGCAAGGGCAUGGCGGCCGGCGACACGCCCAUGCACUCCGUGGAACGCCUGCGGGAGGUGCAGGCGCAGACGCAGUCGCCCUACGUGGUCAUCACUGGGCAUGUCAAGCCGGGGCAGAUCUCGGACCCGGCCAACUCGUUUGCCACCAUGGAGAAGGAGAGGGAGACAGUGGGCAGCCUCACCCCCAUGCUGGGCGACGCCAAGGUCAGGCGCGGGGCACGGUGGGGCACGGUGGGGCACGGUGGGGCAAGGCGGGGCACGGUGGGGCAAGGCGGGGCACGGUGGGGCACGGUGGGGCACGGUGGGGCAAGGCGGGGCACGGUGGGGCAAGGCGGGGCACGGUGGGGCAAGGCGGGGCACGGUGGGGCAAGGCGGGGCACGGUGGGGCAAGGCGGGGCACGGUGGGGCAAGGCGGGGCACGGUGGGGCAAGGCGGGGCACGGUGGGGCAAGGCGGGGCACGGUGGGGCAAGGCGGGGCACGGCGGGGCACGGUGGGGCAAGGCGGGGCACGGUGGGGCAAGGCGGGGCACGGUGGGGCACGGCGGGGCACGGUGGGGCAAGGCGGGACACGGUGGGGCACGGCGGGGCACGGUGGGGCAAGGCGGGGCACGGUGGGGCAAGGCGGGGCACGGUGGGGCAAGGCGGGGCACGGUGGGGCAAGGCGGGGCACGGUGGGGCAAGGCGGGGCACGGUGGGGCAAGGCGGGGCACGGUGGGGCAAGGCGGGGCACGGUGGGGCAAGGCGGGGCACGGUGGGGCAAGGCGGGGCACGGUGGGGCAAGGCGGGGCACGGUGGGGCAAGGCGGGGCACGGUGGGGCAAGGCGGGGCACGGUGGGGCAAGGCGGGGCACGGUGGGGCAAGGCGGGGCACGGUGGGGCAAGGCGGGGCACGGUGGGGCGAGGCGGGGCACGGUGGGGCAAGGCGGGGCACGGUGGGGCGAGGGGGGGCACGGUGGGGCGAGGUGGGCCACUGUGGGGCGAGGUGGGGCAAGGCGGGGUGCGUUGA